CAGUUUGGCGGCGGUCGCGUUGAGCGUGGCUGUUUUUGUUUUUAUACGCUUUGACAAAAUACGCGCUCACUUAUCCGCAAUUACUAUAAAAAAAUCACAAAGAGUAUUAUUAUUAACAGUGCAGUGUUAUUCAUUGUGAAGUGGAGUUCAGCGUUUGUUAAAAGAUCCGAAAGACGCUGAGGCGAUCGAGAAAGUUCUAAUACAGUCGGUAAAUAAAUCAAUAAUUCAACAAUACGAUGCGGUGAUAAUGUGUUUUCAAAAUAAUAGUAGGUGUUGUUCAAACAGUUUUAAUAAAAAUCCUAGAAUCCAAGUGAAGUGAUAUAAAAUUGAUGUGUUGUUUGGAUUGAGUUCGAAAUUCAAAAGUGAACGCUUAAAGUGAGUUUCCGAUUGUUCCGAAAUCAAAAGUGUUUCCAAGUUUAAAACGAGUUCGAUUAUUCCAAAUUCGAAUUUAAGUGUACCCGAUUAAUCAGCGGUGAGUUCGUGAUUGUUCCAAAUUUGAUUACUGAGUUCGCUUGUGUAUGAUGAGUGGCGAGUAUGGGUGAGCCUCAAAAACUGCACAAGACUUGUGUGAGAGUCGGCUCCGCUGAUGAAGAGGAGGCGAGGGACGAGGUCGACGGAGUCCUGCCAAAGAAGAAUCCUUUUGUUAGGGGCUCUGACCCUCGGGUGGCGACAUGUCGCGGGCGACUGCAGACCAGGCGGUGUCAACUGAACCAAGAGAUCAACAAGGAGCUGAGGCUACGGGCUGGCGCUGAAAACCUGUUCAAGGCAACAACGAACAGAAAAUUGCGGGAGACCGUAGCACUGGAGCUGAGCUUCGUCAACUCCAACCUCCAACUCCUCAAAGAGCAGCUGGCAGAACUCAACUCCUCCGUCGAACUCUACCAGAGCGAUAGCAAAGAAUGCGUAAUGCCAAUGAUCCCUCUCGGCCUGAAGGAGACGAAGGAGGUGGACUUCAGGGACCCGUUCAAGGACUUCAUCCUGGAGCAUUACAGCGAGGACGCGGCGCACUACGAGGACGCCAUCUCCGACUUUAUGGACAUGAGACAAGCAAUCCGGACCCCCGUGCGUUCGACGGCAGGAGUGGCCCUGCUCUUCAAGUACUACAACCAGCUGUACUACAUCGAGAGGCGGUUCUUCCCGCCGGACCGGUCCCUGGGCGUCUACUUCGAGUGGUUCGAUUCAUUAACAGGAGUCCCAUCGUGUCAGCGAACAGUGGCUUUUGAGAAAGCAUGUGUCUUGUUCAACAUUGCUGGCAUUUACACACAGAUCGGCGCUAAACAGGAGCGCAGUCGUUGCGCCGGUCUGGACGGCGCAGUGGACGCGCUGCUGCGUGCGGCCGGCGCGCUCCGGUACAUCCACGAGAACUUCACCAACGCGCCCUCGGUGGACCUCGCCGCAGACACGCUCCUCGUCCUCGGCACCCUCAUGACGGCUCAGGCCCGCGAGUGCCUGCUGGAGAAGCUGCAGCUGCAGGCGGGGGGCGGGGCGGGUGACGUCACGCUGGACCUGGCGCAGGAGAGCGCGCACCUGGCGCACACCUACCGACAGCUGCACGCCAAGAUGCAAACCGAGGGUGUCUUCAACUACGUGCCAUACUCGUGGGUCUCCCUGGUCCACGUCAAGACUGAGUUCUACCACGCGCUCGCGCACCAGUACUGCGGCACGGCGCUGCUCCACUCCACUCCCUCUGCAGAGAUGAGGGAGAGACUCGACGCGCUGUACUCCAGCGAGAACGACAGGAGUCAGCAGAACGGUAACUCCAUAUUGAAAGAGCAAGACUAUGACCUCACAGCCCUGGGAAGGGCGCAUCUAGCCGAGGCCGUCGCCCUCUAUGAAGAAGCAUUAAGACUACAAAGAAUGUGCAGAGAGUUACGGGACAAGGAAGCGCUGUCCGUGGUGGUUCGAGCUCAUUUGGAGCAGGUGGCGCAAGAACAGAACCCGAAGGCGGAACAAAACGACUUCACGGAUCUACUGGACGCACCCAACAUCACGCCGUCAUCGAAAUUUCAACUGGCUCUUACACCUCCGGACUUCUCGCAAUACCGUGUCGAGGACUUGUUCAAAUCCCUCGGACCCAUCGCGGUCUUCUCAGCCAAGCGGCACUGGAGCGCUCCCAGAUUAGUCCAGCUCCAGAAAAACACAAGAAGAAGAAACUCCAGGAUCGAAGACCCAGACCAGGAGAGACUAAAAAGAUCGAACGACAAAAGGGACAGAUCAGAAGACAACAGCGCCUACUACAACCAGAACAGAAGCGACGAGAAGCACUCGGAAGAUUACGAGAAGAAACUCCUCAAAGUGACGAAACAGAACGGGAUAUACAUAAACAGCUAUAAUAAUAAUUUCGAAUACCACCCCAAAGUCUUGGACUACGAGUCGAAAUACGAUUACAGGGCUGAGAAAGGGGACAGAGAGAACGGGAAGAAAAAUGGGAGGGAGAGAAGAAAAGACCAGCUGAGGAGGGCGGCCAGUGAAUACAAUGUCUCUGGUAAAGACGACGAGGGGUUCGGGUUCUCCGUGAGAGGGGACGCUCCGGUCAUCAUAGCCGCCGUCGAACCCAACUCCUUGGCAGAUAUUGGGGGAAUGCGGGAAGGAGAUUUCAUUAUCUCGGUCGGUGACGAGGAUGUCAAGUGGAGUUCGCACGAUGAGGUCGUGAGGCUGAUACAGCAGGCCGCGGACACGCUCACCUUGAGGCUUGCGACGCCCAUGGAUAAGAGUUCCAUCAAGCUGCCCCCCGCUGCGGCGCGACCUCCCCCCUCCAGCGAGGGCUCGGUGUCGGCGGCCUCCAGCGCAUCCAGCGGCUCCUCCCGCGCCACCCCGCGCCCGGCCCCCCGCGCCGCCGCCCCGCGCCGCGCCCCCUCCUGGAACCCCUUCCGCCGACACUCGUCCCGGGACAGCAGCGCGCACCGCGCCGACCACAACGUCAUAUUCAGAUAGAUCACACUUGUCCAACCCCACGUACGUAAUCGUUGG